CGCCUCGACCAGCCUGUCCACGAGUUUGGCCAAAACAGCAGCUACGAAUCCACAAAUCCAAAUCUAAAUCCACAGCAGCACAACACACACAACCGCUCACACACCGUCGACAUCCUCGCACCACAGCAGCAGCAGAUUAACACUGCUAAUCAGAUGGCGCCUAAUCUGACCCACGGACGCUCCUCCUCCUUCUUCUCCUUCCGCUCCCGCACCCAGCAGCAGCAGCCAAGCGACCCCAGCCCCAGCCAAAGCGGCCCGAGCACCCCCUCCGCCUCCUCCUUCGCCUCCCCUAACGCCUCCACCUUUUCCGGCCGCAAGUCCGACUUUAGCUCCAACGGACAGCCCAGCACCGACUUUGGCCCGCCCAUCACCCAGACCCGCUCGCGCACCAACGGCGCCGUGACGCUGCCCUUGUCUGGCCCACAGGGGCAAAACGGCCGCCCACCCCCGCCGCCCCCCGAUCAGCAGCCCGACGGCGCCCGCCGCACACUGCGCAAGCAGUCCGUAUCUGGUGGGGGCAUCGGCGCAGGCGCAGGCGCAGCCGCGGGCGCAGGUCCAGGCCCAAGCGCGGGCGGGCCCCCGCUAUCAUCGUCGUCGUCCUCGCCGCCGCCGCCGCUGCACCCCGAGAUCCGGUCGGUGGUGCAGCUGACGCUCGCGCACGCGCGCAAGGUGUAUUUUUCGGGUCCGCUCGUGCGCAAGGUCGAGCGGCACCCGGACGGGCAGCGGCCGCAGAAGGGCGACCACGGCUGGGCGGACGUGUGGGCGCAGCUCGGGGGGACGACGUUGAGUAUUUGGGAUAUGCGCGAGGUCGAGGAGGCGAAUCGGCAGGGAAGGGAGGUGCCGCCUACGUAUGUGAAUAUGACGGAUGCGUUCGUCCAGGUUCUCGGCUCAAUCACCGUCCCCACGCAGGGCCCCGAGCCCCCGCGCAAAUUCUCCAACGUUCUCUCGCUCAACACCGCCGGCUCGAACCUCCUCCUCUUCGCGUGCCCGGAUGUCUCCGCGCUGCUCUCCUGGGCCGCCGCGCUGCGCCUGUCCGCGUGGGAGAAGUCGCGGCUCGAGGAGAUCUACACGGCGCACCUGGUGCGCAUCACACUGCCCGAGGGGCGCGACGCGCCGUCGACGCUCACGCGCGGGCGCAUGGAGGGCUGGGUGCGCGUGCGCGUCGCGGGGCAGACGGACUGGAAGCGCAUGUGGAUGGUCGUUACCGCUACUGCCGACGGCGCGGGCGCGGGGGAGGACGGGCAGGGGAACGGUGGUGGCGGGGCGGGGAGGCCAGCGAGCCCGGUGCAGCAGAAGCGGAGGCUGUCGAAUUUCUUUUCGUCCGGGAGGGACUCGGGCGCGUCGCAGUCGAAUGGGCGGCCCGGGAGCUCUGGCGGCGCGGGUGGGGGUAACGGAGGAACGCCGGGCAAGGGCGCGAUGUUGUCCUUCUUUACGGGGCCGAAGCCGCGCGAGCGCAAGAAGGCGCUGUUGUCGCUGCGCGAGGUGUCCCAGGCGUUCGCGGUGUACCCCGAGCGGCCGGAGCUGAUCAAUAGGAGCACGCUUAUGAAGGUCGAGGGUCUGCUGGGCGAGGAGGAGACGGCGGGCGGGAUGAAGAACCGCGAGGGGUGGUUGUUGGUUAUGCCCGAGCUUGAGACGGGGAAUACGCAGGCUUCGGAGAUGCUCAAGUGGCUUGUUGCACUGCAUGAUGCGUUUGGAUUGUAUGGCCGACCAAAGCCGUAUAGUUGGGAUCCACGAGAUCCUGUUUCUAUGAUGUUUGGGUACCCUGUUGGACCUGGCAAAGAUUUAUUAUUCCUUGAUCGCGAAGCCGCCGAGGCCAUGGACCCUCGCGACGACCGCACUUCCGUUGUUCGUGCUCGCCUCUUACAGAUUCUCACCGACCGCAUGCGGGGCAUCGUCGCACCUCCGCCUGAAGCCCCACCUUCCCUCCCCCCUCUUACUCUCGGCAGCACGGCUGUGAGCUCCGAAGCGAUACCACCCGUGCCCCAGCUCCCCGAGCUCGACCUUGGCUCCUCUUCUGAUAACAACGACAACUUUGGCCAGACCCAGCCGCUUCAGCAGGGCAAUGGCCACGCAAACGCGCGUGGAGAAGGCGAAAUGCAAAAUGGGAACGGGGCCAACAGCCCACCAUCCAACUAUCAGACACCCGCGAACGAGUACGGGCGCACGCUUUCGCCCAUCACGGAGCGCGAUACGCUGGGCGGGUUCUCGAGACAAGCAUCGACGUCGGGUCUGUCGACUCACAAUGUGCGGCAGGACUCGGGCGGGGAGGCGAGGCCGCGUGUACCGUCUAUUGUGGAGACGCGGACGCCGCCACCGCGCAGUGCGGGGUCGUCGCAUUCGCCCGGUGCGAGCUUUAGCGUGAGCCAGGGAUAUAUUGGUGGGAUGGGCGGGGACGGGCGCACGGCGAGUACGGGUGGGGAGUCGUUUAUGGGGCGCACGAUGGAGAGCAGUAAUGAGGGGAAUACGCGUAGCUCGGUGUCGCAUACGCCGACGAGCCCGAGUUCGUAUGGCGCGGCGUCGCCGCCGCCGCCACAGGCUGGGUCUACGCGUGGUGGGGGGUUGUCGCCGGAGCCGCAACAUGGGUAUGGGGCUAGUGCGAGCAGGUUCUCGAUGACGCCGCCGCCGCCGAGCCCGAGGAUGCAGCAGUUGCAGGCACAGCAGCAGCUGCAACAACAGCAACAACAGCUGGCGCCCAACACGCCGUCGUCGAGGUUCUCGGUGCUCACGUCGCCGCACUCACCGGCUACCGAGGUCAAGGAUCGGAACGUCGAUGCGUUUGUCCCUGCGAGGGCGGCGACGCCCACGCCGCCGCCGAAACCGGAGCGGUCGCCGCAGAGGAACACGGGGCGUGCGCUGUCGACGUCGCCGGUGCUUUCUGCGCCGACGCCGCCGUCGAAGACGAUGUCGCCGCCGCGUGCUGCUUCGACGACGCCUGUUAAUGUCUAUUCGAGGUCACCGCCGCCGCCGACUGGGACUCCGCCUCCGCAACAAAUGCAGUAUAUGGCGCAGGCACCUCAGACUCAGACUCAGGGCGAGGUGCACGAGGACUACAACAAUGCGAUUAUGUACAUGCAGCAGAUGGACGGUAGCGGGAGUGGGGGUCGGGGUGUGCGACGUAUGCCUACGACUGUGACAGAGGAGGACGAGGAGGCGACGCAGCAGAGCGAGUCCAUUUACUCCCAGCCAUCACAGCGCUCGGCAUUCAGCAACUCGGUCCGCCGCGGCACCGGUACCCCGAUGGGAAGCCUCGCCGACUCUGGGCCAGCGGCGGACGGUCUGGGCCGGCGACCGUCUGGGGCACGUGCACCUGCCAAUUCGAGAGGAGCUGUUGCAAAUCCGAUUGCCGACACACCCACGUCUUCCUUCUCUCCCUCCACAAACCAGAACUCGAUGGCAGAACAACAGCAGCAGCCACAGCCACAGGAGCAGCAGCAGCAGCCACGCCGACAAAAGUCCGACGACGACAACGCAGACGCGCUCGCUGCACUCAGUUACCUCGAUGGCGAGCACUCCAACGGACACGGCCCUCAACCAGCAGACACAGAACCCCCAGCUUCGGACCCGCCUUCCCAGGCAGGCAGCACAGAGGACGCUCCCUCCAGUGGCCAGUUCAGGUCCACAUUUGCACCCUCCAGACAGGCCGCCGAACGCAAGGCACGCGCUCAGGCCCAGCAGGCCGCGCAACAGGCCGCCGCACACAAGCCGGGACGCGCCAACGGAAAACGCGUCGCGGGCAAGGCAGCAGGAAAAAGCAAGAAUAAUGCUGCUAGCGGGUGGGCCGAGAGCAGCGACGAGGAGGAAGAGGACGAUGAAGAUGAGGAGGAGGAGGAAGAGGACGCGGACUCGGACGGUGGACCGCCCCCUGCGAGUAGUACCAAUGCCAACGACAAGAAGACGCUUACUCCGUUUGCGCCUACCCCGGUUGCGCCCAUUCGCUCGCUGAGGCCGUCCAGUCGGGGCGCGUCUUCGCCCGCGGAACAGCAACAGCAGCUGCAGCAGCAGGCGACGGACGCGAACCCGUAUGCUCAGCUUCGCAACCCUCAGCAGCUGCGCAAUCUCCCUGUGCCCCCCGGUGGCCAGAUGCAAAAUGACUAUUUCGGCCAGCAGCAGCAACAGCAACAGCGCCGCUACACUGAGCACCCGCGCACGCCCGACGAGGGCAGCAUGCAACACAUGCAGCAGAUGCAGCAGCAGAUGCCGGGCAUGCAGAGUAUGCAGAGUAUGCAUAGCAUGCAGUCUCCGUCCAUGAUGCAGGGCCCCCAGGCGACGACGCCUUACGACCGCCACGCGGCCGCCCGCCAGACCAUAUGGACGCAGGUUCUGGAACCCGGCCGGAACCCCGGGCACAACCAGCUGCCGGAGAUGUCGACGCAGCAGCACCGGGACACGUUCGUGCAGCUCGAGGCGCCGACGCAGCAGAUGACCAAGGCGUUCACGCCGCAUGGGCUGCUGUCUGCGGGGAUCCAGGAUAAGAGCGACCGCUCGGCGAAGAAGCAGGAGGAGAUGGCAAGGGAGAUGGGCGCGUCGCUGAUCAAUGUGCCGCAUAAGCCGCCGCCGCCGCAGACGGGCCUGCUCGGUGCGAUCACCGCGCAUGAGAGGGAACGGAAGCGCGAGGGCGGGGUGGGUGCUGCGCUCACGGAGCGGGAGAGGGAGAAGCGGAUCGCGGAGGACCGGCAGCGGAAGCUGGACGAGUUCCAGCGGCAGCAGCUGGAGAUGGCGCAGGGGUCGAUGUACGGUGCGCCGGGCGGGUUCGGGUACAAUCCGAUGGCGGCGGCGGCGGCGAUGGGGAAUCCGAUGAUGAUGGGUAUGAACGGGAUGAGCCCGAUGAUGACCGGGGGCGCGCCGAUGAACCCGAUGAUGACGGGCGGGUAUAUGGGCGGGUAUCCGGGGAUGAUGCCGCAGUAUAACCCGCAGAUGAUGAUGGCGGCGCAGCAGGCGGCGCAGGCGGCGUAUCAGCAGGCGAUGAUGUCGUUUGCGGGGUCGCAGAUGGGCGGAGCUGAGGGUGCUGGAGGGGGGUCGCCGGGGCAUCAUCAGGGUAUGGGAGGGGGCUCGCCGGGGCCGGGACAGAUGGGCGGGAUGGGGCAGAUGUCGCCGAUGAUGACGGGGGGCUUUGACCCGCGCAUGUCGAUGAUGAUGCCGGGGAUGAUGAGUCCCAUGGGCGGGAUGGGGAUGGGUAUGGGCGGGAUGGGCGGGAUGGGUGGAGGAAUGGGAGGGGGGAUGGGGAUGCAGAUGACGGGUGGUGGUGGGGGCUCGCCAGGGGCGUUUGGGCACCAGAUGAUGCCGGGCGGGGCGGGCGACGAGUUGAGGCCGCCGCCGAGUGUGCAUGCUGGGCCGAGCUCGCGUCCUGGGUCGGCGGGGCCGGGGGGUUCGCCUGCGAGAAGGGGGAGUCCAAGGGUGUAG